CUUUUUGUAGGCUUGUUUGGAAUAUUUCCAAAGCUUUUUUUCAUCCAAGUGGCCUGCCGUGGGGGACAUCACGGUCUCGUCGAGGUAUCCCCCGAAGCCUAAUUUUAUUUUGGGCGGUCUCUUCCUGCAGGCGUGCUGACAGUCUCACCAACAGGGGCUCCUAUGUAGCAGAGCCUAGAAAAUGCAGAUCAACGAUCGAGUACACAAAAAUGCUGGCAAUGCCUCCUUGACUUCAGAAGGUUCUCAGAGACCACAGGAACAACAGCCUGCUCUUGCUACAACAUCGACUUUUUUGUAGUAGACGCCGGCACUCUAGAGCGAUAAUCAGUAACAGUAACAGUUUAAGAAAGUUAACUGUUAACAUGAGGAACCCUCAUGUAAUCAUGGAUCAGUGCAGUCCAACAGAUGGAAAUAAGAAGUUUAAACGAAAAGUUCGGGGUCCUUUUAAACGUGCCUUUGCGGAAAAGGACAAACAUGAUUCUAAAAAACUCGUCGAUGCAAUGGGACUUCUUGUGGAUGAGGUUUAUGGAAAUAUUUGCGAAAAAGGGCUACAACACUUCGCUCCAGCUGCAUCAAAUGGAGAGCUCAUACAACAGCCGGGUAUUUUAAAUGCUGCUCUUGAUAUGAAAAUGUAUAGCUUGCCUUCAAUAACUGGGGAUAUGACUGAAACACAACCAGGGUCGCUUUCCGAGGCAGCAGCUGAGCACAACAACGACAAAACAUCGCCACCGGAUACAGUCUUUGAGAGUCAGCAGGCGUUUCCAAAAGAUUAUGCUCCGCAGUCGCGUAUUGUGUUGUACAAACGUUCUGAAAGGUCUCUGUCUUCAACCUCUCGGGCGUCCUACAUCAACAACAAUGCUGAGCCUAUAGACUCGCCUAGGAAACGACUGGUAGAGCCGCCUGGCGUCGUCACAGAGAUCAAAGCAAUUCAGCAGACCCGAAGACUACUGGCGAAUGCUAGGGAGAGGACCCGGGUGCAUACGAUCAGCGCAGCUUUUGAGGCACUGCGAAAACAGGUGCCCUGCUAUUCCUAUGGACAGAAGCUCUCCAAGCUAGCUAUAUUAAGAAUUGCUUGCAACUAUAUCCUGUCCCUGGCUCAACUUGCAGACCUGGACUACACACCAGACCACAGCAACAUGAGCUUCAGAGAGUGUGUGGAGCAGUGCACCAGAACCCUGCAAGCAGAGGGUCGCUCCAAGAAGAGAAAGCACAUUCAGAGGGAAACUGGUGCGCCUCCCCCGCCCCCUGGCAGUCCCAGACACCAGAUGUUUGCAACGCUAGCUGGGAAGUCCUGCUGGCGCCACUCAGGGCAGAGGGCAGGGUAAAGGCACGCGAGUUGGAACCAGAAGAACUCACUCACUGCAGGAAUUGGCACAUUCCCCAGUGCAAUCUUGGCUGCCUCCCCAGUUCUCCCUAAGCCAUCUGUUCUAAAAAAAAACACUUUGGAAAAAAAAAAAACACUGAUCAUCACUCUCUCUCGAUACAGCACUAAGAAGCAGCUGUUACAGAGGGGAAGAAGGAGGGGGCAGGCCUGAAAGAAAUCCUUUUGUCAGAGAGAGCCAGUGAGUCUGAGGGGAAAGUUUCUGAAGAGGAAAAAAAAUGUUUUGGCAGAAGAAACUGAUGAAAGGCAUUCAGAGUGUGCUUAAGUUGUUCUAAAGUGAAACAUAUGUGGAUUUUGUCAUUCUGGCUUUUUCACUCAAGUUCUUCAGAAAAGUAAUGCAUUUUUAUGUGUUCAUUUGUAGAUGAAAUUAUGUACUACUAAAAUGUUUUUUAAUUGCACAUGCAUCACAACUCACAAAUGCUUCUCUCUGUACAGGAAUAAAAUGAAGACUUUGGAGAAUUUUUCCACAGUAGGAUUGUGGCAAGCCUUAUUCUACAUGUACACUUGGAGCUCUACGCUUGAAAUGACUCAAUAUAAAUACAAUGAGUGCAUUUUUAUACUAGGUUUUAAACAAAUUAGUGUAGUAUGUUACACAGACAUGUUUAAUGACUAAUAAAAUAUUCCAGUUACCAUGCAGACUCUUAUUGAGCCAGAAUACAUGCAACACAAACACAUGUUCUUGUUUGUUUGCAACAAACAAGAACACACCAUAUCAUCUUUGUAAUUGUUUAGACCUAAGAUUACAGAUGAUUACAAAACUGUAAACUGUAAAUUACAAAACCCAUGUUAUAUGUCUUGAUCUCAUUUUGCAUUGUAACUUUUUUCUCAAAAUAUUUUAGCCAUAUCUUAGUAUCGUAUGCAAAUGACAUGUUCAUAAAUUAUUAAUGUAUGUAACUGUUUAAUGAUUCAUGAAUGCUUGUGUCAGCCUCAGUUUGUUUUGUGGCAUCGCAGAUGUGGAACAUCGUCCAUUGAUUUUGUAUUUUGUUUUAAAAAAAAAAAGAUCCCAAAAAUAUCAUGUCCUCAGUAGGCAUAGGUAUUCUGACAGCAGAGUCAACAUUAUUUUGCACAUGAACUUUAUAGGAAAACCAUUUGUGUUUUUGAAUUACAGCAGUUCCACCAUCUUUAGGGUGGUUUGGUAAACGUCUACUGCUGCCAUUUGCUGUUGUUUGGAUGUGUUUGCUUGAAUGCCACAACUAUAAGGUAAAGUACUGUUCUUGGAUUAUGUUCAGUUUUGUUUAAAAUACAAGCCAUCUUCUUCAAUAAGUUUCCAGCUUUGCUCUUACUUGUUUGGCACAGCAUUAAACAACAGGGGCAAUGCCAGAGAAAUAGCAGUGCACUACUGCUGUUCACUGUUGGGAGAGCAUGUUCAUCAGUAAACUAGUCAUGUGCCUUUACUACAAAACAUUAUCACGAUAAUUACCUUUUUAUCACAGUUUACAAUAUUAUCAGAAUAUUGCAUAGAAAAAAAUAUUUUUAUUGUUACAUUCUCAAUGACAUGUUUUAAAUUAGGAGUAUAUGUGUGCAAUAUUUACAAAAAAACAAAUCAAAAAUAAAAAUUAAAAGUUGUCCACAUGAUGCUUACUGUGUUGUCAUACAGGACUAUUUACAGUCAGAACUGGAGUUAAGAACCCUUGUAACAGAUAAACUUUUUACUUUAUAUGUUCUAGGUUUACAGUGAAUCAUUUACUAAAUGUUCCAUCUUAAUGCUGAACUGCUGGAUUGGCCUGUCAGCUCAUUAGAAAUCUGCCAAACUG